AUGCGGUUUAUGGACGUGAGUCUAGCACUGGAGCUCCAGCGAGAGCUGAAAGGCACCCGCGCAGAGAUCUCGUACGUGGGCUCGGAGUCCUACCACGAGGACAUCAAGUCGUGGUCCGAGACGUGCGAAAAGGAAGCUGGAGCAAUUGUCAACGUCACCUCGGCGGACGAAGUCUCCAAGACCAUAAACUUUGCGAGGAAUCAUCACAUUGAGUUUGUUGCCAAAGCAGCAGGCCAUUCCACAAGCAGUGAGUCUGCGACCCGCGGCGGCAUUGUGAUUAGUCUGCAUCGCAUGCGAGAUGUUAUCGUGGAUCCUGCCUCCAAGACCGUCCGUGUCCAGGGAGGCGCCACCUGGGAGGAUGUUAACAAGGCCACUGCCGAGCAUGGCCUUGCUGUCGUGGGAGCCACUGCGAGCCACACGGGUGUGGGCGGAUCGACAUUGGGUGGUGGGUUUGGCUGGCUAACGGGGCAAUACGGGUUGAUUGUUGAUAAUCUUGUCGAGGCAACGGUAGUCCUGGCAGACGGUAGCAUUCUCGCGGUGUCCGAGCACUGGCACAAAGAUCUCUUCUGGGCGAUCCGCGGCGCGGGCCAGGCAUUUGGUGUUGUAACAGAGCUAGUCUUCCGCGCGCAUGACCUCCCCCACAAGGUCUUUGGAGGGCUGCUCUACUAUAGCACCGACAAGCUUGCUCAGAUUGUUAAGUUUGCAAACCAGUUCCACGCGCAGCAGGAUGAGCGCAGCGGGUUCUUCUUUGGUUUCCAAGCGCCCUCCCCCGUGGAAGAGACCAUGGUUAUGGCGCUGCUCUUCUACAACGGGCCCAUAGAGAAAGCAACGGCGUUCUUUGCGCCGCUGCUCUCGCUGCCUUCUACGCUAGGCAAGGUCGACAUGAUUUCAUACACAGAGAUGAACCACCUUGCUAAUAUCGAUCCCACCCCCGCCAGCCGGAAAUGGAUUGGAGGCACAGAAAUCCACUCCCCGCUUGACACAAAGCUGGCCCACGAGAUCUGGACAGAGUUUAACCAAGUCAUGCUGGAAUCCCCGGGCAUGGGAAAUAGCGUGCUGGUGUUUGAGCUGCUGCCGUAUGCAAAGGUCGCCAGCCUGCCCGUCGACGCGACCUCGUGA